AUGCAUUUUAUGUUUGACGACAUAAUUUGUGGCUUCCCAAAAGGGUCAUAUUUACGUAUAAGGCUGAAAUGUAGAGCCGCAGGGAUCUCUUUUCAUAAAGAACAUGUCUCAUAUGCCAAUUCUAAGUAGUUCUUUUUAGAGUUAAAGUAAGCAUGUUCUAACACCCAUUAGUGUCGUGACCUUGACUUGAGUUUAAUUUUGUUUUUUUUUUUUCAGAAGGGCAAUUGAAAGAGGAAAUUAGGCUCACUAAGUAAUUAAACAAUAUUCUUUCCUCUUGGUGUUGACAAACUCGCUCAGCAAAACAGGAGUCAAAGACAAACUCUUGAAAAUAACAAAGCGCAUUCUCUUCAUCUCCUGCCAAGCGUCCUUCCUCCACCCCACCUUAACAUUGUGUUUUCAUGAGCAUUUCACAAUAUUUCUCAUCCCUUGUUCCCAGUUUUGACCCACUGACCUAAGAAUCAAGAAAAUGUCAUGUUAGUGCCUACUAAUUAGCACACCCAGAGAGCCUUUUCAUCUGGCCUUUCAACCUUCUGGAGGUGGGAGCACAAGCUGUCACUCGGAUCAUGCAGGGAAAAUGAACCUCGACCACAUUUGCCCUGUUUUGCAAACAGCAAAAUAAGCCCAGCUGAGACGGGAGAUGAAUAUGCAGGUGUUUAAGAUAGAAGUGCUAAUGAACGGAAGAAAACAUUUUGUUGAAAAAAGGUACAGCGAAUUUCAUGCCUUGCACAAAAAGCUUAAGAAAUGUAUUAAAACUCCAGAAAUCCCUUCUAAACAUGUUAGGAACUGGGUCCCCAAAGUCUUGGAACAACGACGACAAGGUUUGGAAACAUAUUUACAGGCUGUCAUUUUAGAAAAUGAAGAACUUCCCAAACUGUUUCUUGAUUUCCUAAAUGUGCGACACUUGCCCCCUUUACCAAAGGCAGAGAGUUGUGGAUCUUUUGAUGAGACAGAAUCCGAAGAGUCAAGCAAACUGUCCCACCAGCCGGUUCUGCUGUUCCUCAGGGAUCCAUACGUCUUGCCUGCAGCCAGCGAUUUUCCAAAUGUGGUUAUUGAAGGAGUUCUCCAUGGGAUAUUUUACCCUCAUCUACAGCCCAGGUAGGAAUCCUACGCGGCGAGAAGAAGCUGCAGCAAGUUCGGAAGUCAUAGUCAAGGAAAUCGAUAGCUACCAAAUUAACCUAAACUGUAUGACAUAACAGCUCUAGCUAGUGGUCACAUCACAGUCCCAGCUUAAUUCAGGGCAGGGAUGUUUCCGUUAGAGUGGUGCUUCUAAAAAUAGAAACUGAACCAGGGUGGUGCUGAGGCCAAGUGUUUAAGAAGAACAACGUAGCUGCCAAUUUAGAAACCCAAAAACAGAAGGUUCUGGAAGAUCCCUGGGAGAACCACGUGUAACAAAACAAAGUUGCUGUCUGCUGCAGUUGCACCAUUUGCUAAUUGAAAAUCUUAUCCUGAAUCAUACUGAGACUGAUCAACUUUGGGAGCUUCCUGGUUCAGAUUUCAUAGCACACUAAUCUUUUCAACGUGAGAUUUUUCUCAGCCGGUGAUAGAUACAUUCUGAAGUGCUGGCACCAGAGGCGUAUCAUAGAAACACACUGUGCUAAAUGUGAGGAGGGAACUAAACUGGAAAUUAAAUUAUACUGAUAAUGUUAGGGCGUUUUUUAAAUCAUGGCAUUUUUAUUUACAUUACAGCAGAGUUGCAUCAUAACCAGGGGUUAGCUUCUAAUGUCAAUACAUAGGAUAAAAUCAGGUCUCAAGAUUAGCCUUGACAGCUGUUUAGAAAGGCGCCAUAUUGGAGAUCUGUCCAUCCACCACAACCAGUUCUUCCUCCAGUAUUGGAAGAAAUGACUGUUUCUUUGGUUGAAGACCAAUUGAAGUUGUUGGCGUUUGGUUACGGGCGAUUUUGUGAAAAACAUAUACCUUUAAACACUAGAAUCACACUUAGCCCUGUAAGAUGCUUGCCCUGUAAGAGACAGAUGGGAACUGACAGUGACUGAGGGAACACCAGAUUGACAACACUCAUCUUGGUUUACUCAAGGGCGUCCAUUCAUUGAAUAGGUGGUAUUGCCACAGGAUUUACUCUUGUUUUCCUUUUCACUGACCUCAUAUAUUGAAUUGAUGUAAGUGAAAUGUGUUUAUGAUGUAACUCCUCUGUACAUCUUAUGGACAUUCAUAUUUUGAGUAGUAAAGGCUAAAAGCAUAUUUGCAACCUG